CUCUACAAAACGAGUCUGACUUUCACAUUCAACAAUGCAAAGAUUCUCUGGGAAGGUGGAACAGCAUCAGAAAUGUAGGAGGCAGCCAGGAAAUAAACAAAGGCAUCUCUGAAGAAAAGCGACCGAAACCGAUGGAUUAUUUAAAUACGUUCAGAUGCAGGGCUGUGCAAGUUUCCAUCGCAUUUGAGAAUAAAGUUAAGCUUUUCAUGCAAAGCAAGUAUCUUCAGGAUCAGACGCAAUAACAAAAAGAACAAAUAUUAAAACAGUUAACAAUUUAUAUGUUCACCUGCGAAAUACACUGCAGUUUAUUCCACCGGCGUGACUGUCGCUCUUUUAUCAGCCGCACUGAAGCUUCAUCAGCAACAUUCGAGUGACGCCUGCAAGAUUUUCUCUCAGAAGAAGACUUAAGGAAACUAGCACAAUUGUAUUUAUAAAUGCAAGCAAGAGAAAGAGGUUGUUAAAAAACUGACCCAGAUUUUAUAUUGUAUUUUAUUUAUUUAUUUAUUUAUAUCGUGGAUUACGUUAAUCGGAUCUGAGGAAAUGUGAUAAUAAAAAGUAGUUGAAGGGAUUUUAACUUAUAGUACAUUGUUUGCAAUAAAUUUAAAAAGUGAAUAGUACCACGUUUCUUUUUGUGGUGUGCUGCAGCCGCAAACAUGAAGGGAACUAUGCAUUACACAUUAGUUUAAACGGAAUAGGGUGUUAUGUUAUAUAAUUUAUCACAUAUAAACACGUCCAGAGCAUUUCACUAGUGAAUAAACUUUUGAAUUAUGAAAUUAAAAGUUAUAAGUUCAGGAACAAUCAAGUUGUAUAUUGGCAUUUGAUAAACCACUUUCACCGUUAUAUUACAUGCAAUUAAAAAAAAAAUAAUCAAAUAGGAAAACAAAGUUUGGCUAGUAACAAGAAAUUAAUAUUUUCACCGACAGCAACAUACGGAUUUCAGAUUGAUUUGUUUCGUUUUUGUUUACCCUCGAGUUAAAAAAAAAAAAAAAAAAAAAAAAAUCUCGCUGGCUCUUAUGGGAAUAAAACACUCCUCCCGCUGCCUGCUUCUGAGGAGAAAGAUGGCGGAGACUGAGAACCCAGAGACAAGCAGCGCUCCAUCGCAGGCUGUCCAACCCGUGCCUCUACCAAAGCUGGUGCAGUCCAUCCAACAUGUCCCGCACACACCCCCUCUACCAAGCUGUCCUGGCAGGGGAAAGAUAGCCAAGUUUCUCAGCCCAGAGGAAAUGACAUCAAGGGAUUAUUACUUCGAUUCCUACGCACAUUUUGGAAUUCAUGAGGAGAUGCUGAAGGAUGAGGUCCGAACGCUCACGUACAGGAACUCUAUGUAUCACAAUAAGCACAUCUUUAAGGACAAGAUUGUUCUAGAUGUGGGGAGUGGCACAGGAAUCCUCUCGAUGUUCGCAGCCAAGGCUGGAGCCAAGAAGGUGUAUGGGAUCGAAUGCUCCAGCAUUUCAGACUAUUCAGAAAAAAUCAUCAAAUCGAAUCAUCUGGACAACAUAAUCACAAUCUUUAAGGGUAAAGUGGAAGAAGUGGAGCUGCCCGUUGAUCAAGUGGACAUUAUAAUCAGCGAGUGGAUGGGUUACUGCCUGUUCUACGAAUCCAUGUUGAAUACAGUAAUCUUUGCAAGAGACAAGUGGCUGAAACCUGGAGGGCUGAUGUUCCCAGAUCGAGCUACCUUGUACAUCAUUGCCAUUGAAGACAGACAAUACAAGGACUUCAAAAUUCACUGGUGGGAGAGUGUGUAUGGCUUUGACAUGACCUGCAUCCGAAAUGUUGCCAUGAAGGAGCCCCUGGUGGAUAUUGUGGACCCCAAGCAAGUGGUGACUAACUCCUGCUUAAUAAAGGAGGUGGAUAUUUACACUGUGAAGACAGAUGAUCUCUCCUUUACUUCAGCGUUCUGCCUUCAAGUGCAGCGCAAUGAUUACACCCACGCUCUCGUCACCUAUUUCAACAUUGAGUUCACCAAGUGUCAUAAGAAAAUCGGCUUUUCAACAGCACCCGAUGCUCCUUAUACACAUUGGAAGCAAACUGUAUUUUACCUUGAGGAUUAUCUCACUGUGAGAAGGGGUGAGGAAAUAUAUGGAACCAUCACCAUGAAGCCCAAUGAAAAAAACAUUCGUGAUUUGGACUUCACUGUUGAGUUGGAUUUCAAAGGCCAGCUCUGCGAAACAUCAAUAUCCAACGAUUAUAAGAUGCGCUAAAUGUACUUAGGGAAGAUCUGUGCAGUAGUGUUAACCCAGCUUUCUUUUUAGCUGGUGAAGUAAAAAAAAAACCUUUUCAAAUGCUGAUUGCAAAAGGGGAUUCCUGUUAAAGGGGAAAUGUAGUCAAUCCUGCUGGUAUCACCAACAUCAGACAUCAUGAGAUUGUUUAGAAAUCAAGACUGAAUGUAACGCCUUCCGAAGAAUGUUUUCUGUUUUUAAGGGUGUGUUUUAUUUUUUUGUUAAAGAAACAGCAGGAGGACUAAAGAACAUGUCAUAUUUGGGGGAGAGUGGUCAUAGUUCUUCCAGGCAUUGCACGUUCUAAAACAUAUGGGGAAAUAUCUUUACUAAGUUGAAAUAAAACUUCCAAUAAUCCAUCUAUACCAUGCCAAGGUUGUAACAUGAACAAUAGAUAAGCAAGAUGCAGUUUACAUGUACAGUGUGUUACAAUAACAAAAUGUAGUGUUGAUGUUAUUACUGAAAGCAUUGGGCCCUAUGUUUUUAGACCUUGUUACUUUAAUAAGAAAGUAUAGAUUAUUUUCUAAGAAUAUAACGGUGAUUCAUUAUUAUUUAGUAACUUUUUCUUGUAAGGUUGGAUUAGUCUUCAUAACUUCAAUAAAAUAUGAUUCGUUAUUAAUUUGCAUGGUUUCUAAUAACGUUAUGGUUUUAUUAGAUGUUAGGGUUUUUGAAACAGUGUUAGGAACCCAGAGAAACAAGAUUAACACUCUUUAGGUGAACUGGUAGUAUUACAAGCACGGAAAACCAUGUGCAAGGCAACUAUGAAAACAAUGUUCUACUCAGUAUUCUCCUGUGCAUCCGUUCGGUAAUUAUUUUACUUUUUUUUUUAGAAUUCAGCACUUUAUUAAGAUUGAAUUAUGUCUGAAUUAUCAAGGAUGAUGUAUGGUUAACUGUUGGGUAAAAUAAGUAUUUAGCUGCCUGGAACAAAGAAAACACUGUAAGGUGUACUCUCCAAGGUUUUAAAAUCAAUUUACCUUUUAUUAGCUUCAAGACCCUCUCACUGCUCCAUUAGUUAUCAUACAGUUGGACAUUUACUGCAAUAUCUAAAAUACAUAAAAAGGUUCAACACUAUAGACCAGCCCUUGCCAUAUUGAGAGUCCCAUAUUCUUUCUUUGCUGCACACAGUCCCAUCACAGAAGUUAUGCUGACUCAGGUUUAAAACAAACUUGUAAGUGCCGUGCCAGCCCAGUGGGAGUCAUUUUAUGGAAUUAAGGAAGGGGCUCUGAUAAGACUUUGGAUGCCAUGCAUCAUAAGAAUUAUGAUUUAAACACCAAAAAAUAAGCUGUUAAGAUUUUAGAAUGAUUUUACAAAAAGGUUCCAAUUUUACUUGCCUACAUCUGGGUUUACAAGUAAUGUAACUGGAUCGUUCUACUUGUCGUCCUUGCUUUUUUCUGUCUGAGGAUGGUUACAUGUAAUUAUUCUUUCUUAAAUGUUUUCCUUAAGAUUCCCUCAAAGCACUAAAUAAAUGUAUAAUGUGUGCUGUGCAAAAGCUGUGCCACCAUGCUGUCGCUAUGACAAAGUCCAUGUGUUAAUGCGGUUAUCCCUAUUUAAUCAGGAAUGUGACAAUUAGCAUCAAUAGCUUUACUGUAAUAGGAAUUCUAGUUCAAACUAAAUAUGUCUGGAAUGAUUUACAAUUCUUAACUCUAAACCAAUUCAAUUGUCAAAAAAGGCUAUAAUGACUAUAAUUGUUAUACGAGAAGUACCUUUGUGUUAAAAUGCUCUGCUCUGGAGGACUGUAAAGCCCCUGGCAGGCUCUGCUCCAGUUGGAACCUACCCAGGUCAGGACACAGUGUCAUGCACAUCAGCUACGUGAUUUCACACUGCUUUUCAUAAAGCAAGGUUGAGCUGGGUGACAUAAGUAAACACACAAUGAGAGCAUCAGUGCCCCGGAAGCAGCUUGAUACGGACGCUUCCAUCCAAGCUUCUCCGGAUUGAAUCGUCAGCCAAAAUGUUGAUUAGAGCGAAUGCUUUGUCAUCCCUGCUCCAAUCUAGCUCAUGGCGUGUCUCAAGCAACCAAAACAUGGCUAAACAGAAUAAACUGAAAUGUUCCUUGAGGGAGUGAAAUCUUCAUGCAGGUGUGGCUGUUUGUUAUUUUGUCAGUUUAUGAACAGCCUUCAUGCAUUUUGUCUUGCUCAACCCGGGUCAAAAGUGUGUUCAUGGUUUCGUACUACGCACAAAUGUGGCCCGGGUAGCCACACAGUGCCAGUGUGAAAGGGGCUUAAGAUAAUGCUCUACUAAAGCCAAUAUUUAUAUGUAUGCAUAUUUAACAAACUUCCGUUUACCUUUUUCAAUCAAGUUUCCUCUUUAUGCUCAUGUAAUGUGUAGCCUUUUGGUUGCCGAUUGAACAAUUAUUAUAUAUGCUACUACCCACCAGCACAGUGUCUCCAGCUCAGUAAAGCAAUGCUGAGUUGUAGUAUAUACUUUCUACCUCAGACUCAUGUCGGAGUCUGGUAAUGAAAAGCUAUAUCAGAAAGUGCGGUAUUUACCACAACUCUGUUUCGCUUUACUGAGCUGGAGAGGCUGUGCCGGUGGGUCGAAGCUGGAAAUGGAAGCUAAACAGAGGUUUAGUUUAUGUUUUUUUCAACAGCAGCUGGUUGCAUUCCACAGCCAUCUCCCAGUAAGUGCUUAAAUAUGAAUCUUUAAAAAUGAAAAGCCUGUGAAAAUGAAACUGAAGCUAACAAAGGGUAAGAUUUUAAAAUCCUGCAACACUUUUAGAGAACUUAUUGUAUUUGUAAAGGAAACUUGAAUCAAAGAGACUUCAAGGCUGCUUACAGUAUGUGCAGAAGUACCGGGAAGUAUCUUCAAAGGAGUGAUAUUUUAUAAAAGCCUUUGAAACAUUUUACUAUUUACUACUACAGUACUCCCUCUUUCAUUCUGAUGAAAAUAGUUCAGAUUUUUCUUCUUUUUUUUUUACUUGAAUUGCAGAUAUGCAGGUUUUUCAGAGAGGUCAGCAUAAAAUACAUUGAUUCUUCCUGGUACAUCAUUUUUCCUGAGGUUGGUCUAAAACUGACCUACAGCACAGGGCAUAGGUACCAGGAAUCAACAGGACAUUUGAAUUCUAAAGUAUAACAAUGAAGUGAAUGAAAAUGCUUGAAUAAACAAGCUAAGAACAGAAAGAACAUUUUACUCAUAAAGAAAAUGAUUUUAAAACGCUGAUUAUCACUCCACAUUAAUAAGCAUUAGUGUGUUUCAGAUUGACUGUUAUAUACUGGUCCAUUGUGGCAAUGAGGAUUUAUCUAACCUGCAUUUUGUUUUCUGUUAUAGGAUACAUCAAGCUGUUAAGAUAGUGUGUCUUUAUAUCCAGCAGGUCAAAUUCAUUCUGAUACUUUAUUGAGCAGUGAGAUUCAUUAUAAUAUUGUAUAUGAAAGGACUUUUUUUAUUACCUUGAAAUAUUAAAAUGAUUCAUAACUGAAAAAAAUGGCAUUGGAGCUUAGUGUG